AUGAAGCAUUUGAUACAGGAGGCUAUCACAAACUUGUGGAAAAAUACAAACACCCACAAAAACGUAGUCAUCGCUGAUUUGGGAUGCUCAGCUGGACCGAACGCACUGACCCUUGUUAAAACUGCAGUUGAUGCAAUAUUUCACCAUUGUUCAGAUCAUAAGGAAAUAGUACCGGAGAUAUCAGUGCUGCUGAAUGAUCUUCCGGAUAAUGACUUCAACGACAUCGCAAAGAGGUUGCAUGCAUUCCAGGAAAGCACACAGGAUUUUGGUCCAGUUGUUACCGCUAUUGUACCUGGAUCAUUUUACAAGAAACUCUUCACCAGUAAUUCCGUGAAUCUAGUUUUAUCAUCACAUAGCUUGAAUUGGCUAUUUCAGGUACCUGAGGAUCUAAAGAAAAGCAGGAUCCCUGUGUAUGACAAAGACAAGGGUCUCAGGAAAGCAAGGCGGGCCUUCGUUGUUCAGGCUUUUAGCCAACAAUUCAGAAAAGAUUUCACAAUUUUCUUGAACACACGGGCUAAAGAAUUGGUCCCUAACGGUCAAAUGGUGCUUUCCAUGGUAGGCAGACCUUCCAGUGACACUGCCUACCAAUCCGUUCAACCAUGGGAUUUUUUAUUUGUGCCUUUAAAUGACAUGGCAUCAAGGCAGGGUGUGAUCAGUAGAGACAUGUUAGAUUCAUUUUACAUUCCACUAUAUGGGCCUUCAGAUAAGGAGUUAAUGGAGAUCAUACAAGAUGAAGGGUCUUUCGAGAUCAACAAUAUUGAGGUGCAUGAACAAAUGAGUGGUGUAGACAAAGGCAUGCAGACCCCAAAGAUCAGGGCAUUCGCAGCCAGGGCUGCAUUCGAGCCAACAAUCAUCCAGCAUUUUGGACGUCCGGAAGGAGUUAUGGAUGAGUUCGUUGGAACCAUUGAGCGCCAACUCAGCCACGUUCCAGCUUCUCCUGCAGGCAGCUUACUUUUCUUAUGUGUUUCCCUAACAAAAAGGGAAUAG